AUGUUUGCUGCCGGCAUCACGCCCCUUUUUGCGUUGAUAAUGGAGGACCUGAAAGUGAACACUGUCAAAGUCUCUACACUAUCAUCAUAUGCUCUACUAGCCCUUGGACUAUCGAACCUGUUCGCUGUUGUAGCAGCUAAAUACAUCGGGAAACGAUAUGCAAUCCUCACCUCACUCGCCGUAUUUACUGCCGCCAACGCUUGGGCCGCGUACACGACCAGCUUUGAUUCACUCCUGGCGACGAGAUUCGUCGGUGGCCUCGCCGGAGGGUUCAUUGAGGCCCUUGGUCCCGAGAUGGUUGUGGAGACAUUUCAAGAGAAACGCCUUGCUUCGGCCAUGGUCGUCUAUGUAGCGUUCAUGGCGGGCGGGUCCGCUCUUGGACCUGUUCUUGCUGGUCUCAUUGGAACAGGGACCGGCGAGUGGCAAUGGUACUUCAAGUUCAUGGCGAUUUUUUCUGGGACUACGACGCUGCUUUGCAUUUUGAUGCUUCCUGAGACUACCACGGACUCAUUAUCCGCCAGCUAUGGCGACAGGCCUGAGGCGCCGGUCUCCAAGACGGAUGUUGAGAUUGUUGAACAUUCGGAGACUAACUCAAACCCACAACAAGAGGUCAUGCUUUGGGACUUAUGGGUGUCUCGGUCUUUUAAGGUUCGAAGCUCAGACUGGAGCCGAGACCAAAAUGCACUUCAGUAUUUAUACAUGCCUUUCUUGACGCUUUGUCAUCCCGCUGUUCUCGUCACCAUCAUUGUCUUUGGCCUAACGAUCGGGUGGACUGUUGUCUGCUCCAUUGUGUUCUCAAACGUCUUCCAAGAGCCGCCCAUGUUAUGGACAGCAAGAGCUGUCGGCCUUUUCAGCAUUGCUCCACUGAUUGGACUGAUUGCUGGUCUCCCAAUUGGCGGCAUCCUAGCGGACAACCUGUCCGCCCGUUCUGCAAAGCGAAACUCCGGGUUCCAUGUCCCAGAAAGUCGACUACUUCUAGUCACUAUCGGCGGAGUUUUCAGCCCUGCUGGUGCCCUUAUGAUCGGCCUCACCAUGAACUACCACACGCAUUGGAUCGGACCAGCAAUUGGGUGGGCUAUGCUGUCACUUGGCUUGACUGCAUCUGCGAAUAUUCUCCUCACCUACGCAGUCGACUCCGAUCCAUACAGGGCUGCACAUAUAGCGUUACUGGUGAAUGUCGUCAAAAACCUUCUGGCGUUCGGUGUCUCGUUUCGGUCCAUGGACUGGUACUUGCGUGAUGGUCCUCUGAAACAGUUUGGUGCCAUGGCAGGGGGUCUGUGGGCGAGUUAUUUACUCGUGAUACCGUUGUAUUUCUUUGGUGCAAAGAUUCGAGCUCGCUUUUACUCGUGA